ACUUGACAAGCUAACGAUUGUUGAAAUAGUGAUACUCGCCAAUCCGAUAUCAAACUCAACCGGAGACUGCUUGAUGUCAUCGAUUGGUACGAUUCCGCAGGACCAUACGACCAAAGAUAUAUGCAAAUAUUGCACGAUGUCCAUGUCAUGGCUGAUAUUGAACCCGAUCACCAAUUCCAAAUAAACCCGGAUUCGGCCAUCUACCGUACGAUAUUGAUGCUGGCUGUCACCAUGGUUCACGAAUUCGUUCACGCUUUCAGCAUGGCUUACUUCGAAAAAAGUGACUUCUCCGACGAGCCUGACGAACCGUGGGUAAAAGGCAACAGAUCGAAUGAACAAGGUCACUCAUUCGAGGAUUACAUCUUCGGCGGCUUACCUGCCCCAUUGAUCAUCUCCAUACCACCCAUGAGCCAAGAUUUCGAGUGGAUACAACUAGCCACUGCGCCCUUUGGUCUCUACACAACGCAGCAAUGGGAUCUCUGGGACUACAACAAGGAGCCGAAUUAUGAUUCCUCGGGUUACAUUGAUCCUGAUGAUGGCGAUUCGGACAACGCUACUGGUAUCAGAGUCAAAGACGAGAAUGAUCCACCGCAUAAACCAUCACAACGGUAUUUCCCUAUACCUCAAGCGUGGUGUGAGUUUUUGUUUUCCGACGACUCAUGGGCGGAUCAAGUGAUGAAGUACGGGUUGGCGGCGAUCAAGGUUCCGAAGAUCGAAAAGUGGAAGGUUAUCAGACAUCACAGUGGUGAUACGGGAUAUUGGGAUACUGGAGAAGACAGAUGGAACGGAGGUGAUGAAGAUGACGACCUUGAGUUCUCGGGACCACAUUGGGAGUGAGUUGGAUUGAGAUGAGCAACUUGGAUAGCUCGGAUCAGCAAGCUCACCUUCUUCAUGGUCUCCGCCCUCCUCGUUUUCAACCAUCUAGCCAGUUGCAAUGAUAUCUCAUCAGUAUCAUCGAGUAGCUUGUCGAUGAUUAUAUAAAUUUGUUUG